AGAGUAGUGUGUUAUUAUACAAACUGGUCCCAAUAUAGAUAUGGAAUGAAAUUUUACCCGGAAAAUGUAGAUCCAUCACUUUGCACGCAUGUAAUCUAUGCGUUUGCCAAGUUAAAUGGUAAUCAACUCGCUCCGUUUGAAUGGAAUGAUGAAUCAACAGAUUGGAGCAAGGGCAUGUACGAACGACUUCAAGCUCUGAAAUCUACUAAUCCCAAUUUAAAGACAUUGCUUGCAGUAGGUGGAUGGAAUAUGGCAUCUGAACCAUUUACAUCUAUGGUUUCAAGUUCGGCUAACAUAUCAGAAUUUGCAUCAACAAGUGUAACGUUCUUAAGAAAGAAUGGUUUUGAUGGAUUAGAUUUAGAUUGGGAAUAUCCGGCCAAGCGUGGAAGUCCAUCGGCAGAUAAAUAUAGAUUUACAAGUUUAGUCAAGACACUGGUAGACACAUUUAAUGCAGAAUCACAGAGUACUGGUAAUCCAAGACUAUUAUUAUCAGCAGCGGUUGGGGCUGGGAAAAGCAAAGUCGAUGAAGGAUAUGAAGUAGCUACAUUAUCACAAUAUUUAGACUUUAUUAAUUUAAUGACCUAUGAUUUACAUGGUAGUUGGGACAGUGUUGUUGGUCACAAUAGCCCAAUGUUUGCUAGAAGUGGUGAGAACGGUACAGAUGUUUAUCUCAAUAUGAAUUGGGCAGCCAAUUAUUGGGUACAGAAUGGUGCAUCAAAAAGCAAACUUAACAUUGGUAUGCCUUUAUAUGGUAGAACAUUUACUUUAACCGAUUCUUCUAAUUCUCAACCUGGUGCGCCUACCACUGGUGCUGGAACAGCUGGUACUUAUACAAAAGAGAAAGGUUUUCUUGCCUUUUAUGAGAUUUGUAAAAUGAGUAAAACAGUAUAUUCUAUACCAGAACAAAAAGUCAAAUAUGCUGUUAGUGGAAAUCAAUGGAUUGGCUUUGAUGAUCAAGAUACAUUAAAAGAAAAGGUAUGUUAUGUGAAAUCCAAUAAUUAUGGCGGUGUUAUGGUAUGGGCAUUAGAUUUAGAUGAUUUUAGUGGACAGUGUUCUAGUGGUGUAAAAUAUCCCCUACUUCAUACCAUUAAUAAUGAAUUAUCAAUUCCGUUCAUAAAGCUAAAAACUUUUUUCUGGGUAAAAAUAUCACUUAUAUGUCUUAUUUCAGCACCGGUAAACUUGUGUAGUGGUAAAACUGAUGGUUAUUUCGCUGAUCCUGUAAACUGUUCUAUGUUCUAUAGAUGUGACAACUCUAAAUCAUGGCACAUGUCCUGUCCACCCUCAACAGUAUUUAAUGAUGUCAAGUCGUACUGUGAUCAUGUAUAUAAUGUACCAAGAUGUCAAUAA